AGGAAGCAGUGCAGACGAGUUUGGCGGAUUAUGUGGACAUAUCAGUGAGCGAAAGCAGCUGCUUUCCAAUAAUUUAUCUGGGCUUUAUGUCCGAGUGGAAAGAAAGGUUUGUUUAAAAUGGACGGCUGACAGUUGAAAGUAAAUUCAAUGUAAUUCAACGUAUGUGUAACUGUAUGUACUAACAACUGAGCGACAAUGAUGUCAGAAUGCGAGCCGACAGAGACAGAGACCGGCGAGCCCUUACUGGACACCGGAGCAACAGCGGUGCCUGCUGAGGAGUGUAACUUUCACUCUUCAGACCCUUCAGACCCUCCAGCGGUAUUAUUUGACAGGAACAGGUUAGGUUUGGGGCUUGCGGGGAACCCUGGAGUCGCCGUCCGUAUUUCGGACUCUUGUGAGAGCGUCUUAACCGAGCUGGAGACGGACGGCUCCGGCGAAGAGGCGCUGUUGUUGCCGUGCUUAGCAGGAAGCUCGUCGUCUCCGCGGGGCGUACGAGAGAAGCGGAGCAGGCGGAACAGACACAGCUCGUCGUCGGAUAAAGACACCUUGGCCUCCCCAGGUACCAACAGUGGGGACUUUAACCAUUUCCCUGACGAUCCCGAGUUUGCAGAUAUUAUCCAAAGGGCGGAACAAGCUAUCGAGAAUGGCGUCUUUCCAGAGAGGAUUUCCCAGGGUUCCAGUGGGAGCUACUUUGUCAAAGACCCAAAAGGGAAAAUCAUUGGUGUUUUCAAACCAAAGUCAGAGGAACCUUAUGGUCAUCUGAACCCCAAAUGGACCAAAUAUUUUCACAAGCUGUGCUGUCCGUGUUGUUUCGGUCGAGGCUGCUUGUUGCCUAACCAGGGUUACCUCUCAGAGGCUGCUGCCUCACUGGUUGAUACCAAGCUGGGCCUGGGAGUGGUGCCGAGAACAAAGGUGGUGUAUCUGGCUAGUGAUACGUUCCAUUACAGCGCCAUCGACAGAGCCAAAUCCAGGGGGAAAAAGUAUGCCUUAGAGAAAGUCCCCAAGGUGGGACGACGCUUCCACAGAGUGGGCCUGCCACCCAAGGUGGGCUCAUUUCAGCUGUUUGUGGAGGGGUACCGUGAAGCAGACUACUGGCUGCGGCGCUUCGAGGCAGAACCUCUACCCGAGAACAUCAGGAAGCAGCUGCAGUCACAGUUUGAGCGGCUUGUAGUGUUGGACUAUGUUAUUAGGAACACAGAUCGGGGGAACGAUAACUGGUUGAUCAAGUAUGAGAAGCCAGGAGAAGGAGAGGGACAAAAGGAUGCAGAGUGGUCAGAGAGCAGUUCAGACUCCUGCAUCAAAAUCGCAGCCAUCGACAACGGCCUGGCCUUCCCCUUUAAACACCCGGACGAAUGGAGAGCCUACCCGUUCCACUGGGCAUGGCUCCCCCAGGCUAAGGUGGCCUUCUCCCAGGAGACCAGAGACCUGGUGCUGUCCCGCCUCUCUGACAUGAACUUUGUCCAGGACCUCUGUGAAGACCUCUAUGAGAUGUUCAAGGCGGAUAAAGGCUUUGACAAAACCAUGUUUGAGAGACAGAUGUCUGUCAUGAGGGGUCAGGUGCUGAACCUGACCCAAGCUCUGAAGGACGGGAAGAGCCCCAUCCAGCUUGUGCAGAUGCCUCGGGUGGUAGUAGAGCGCAGCCGCUCAGGCCAGGGACGUGUGGUCACACUUGGCAACGCCUUCACACAAACUUUCCACUGCAAGCGCCCCUUUUUCUCCUCCUGGUAGAGGGCUGAAGAAGAGGAGCUGAGGAGAGAUGUCUGCAACAGCUCUUUUUUUUUUUUUUCGGUCCUGAAGUCAGGAAGCGAGGGAGAAGAUGUGAAUAUUGCGCUGGAGACUGCUCAUAUUUCUUUGGCGAGAAGAGAAAUGAAAAAGAGGACAUGGAUGAUGAAGUAAGAAAGGCAAAAUUGGGUUCAGGCCCAUUCCUCAUUUUGUGAAGAGAGUGCAGAGAAUCAUGGGAGGUGAAGAGAUUGGCAUACCAGUGUCUCUCAGAGACCUUGGGGCUGUUUGUGGUUACCAUGGUGACUUGAUUGGAUAAUCGGCUUUUUCACAGAGGUGGGCUUUGUUUAUUGUUAGGAGGCAGAAAGGUUUUUUUUUACCCACCGAGUACCUACUGAAGUCUCUCACAAGGUUUCUUAGUGGGGCUAAUGGCCAAAGAACAAGCACUUACCAACCACUAACUAACAGAUCUGUGGUCCAGUAGUGUUUGGGAAUCUGAAGGAUUGGUUUUACAAAUCUCUCCAGAAAGUGAUGUUUUAUAAAUCUGGGACAGCGUUCCUGGUCUGGGAUAAAGUCUAAAAAUAUUUGCUUUGCCUUGUAGGAUUACUUAUUAAAAUAUAGAUGUGCAUUUGCACUGCUGGAAGUGUUUGACUAGUGCUACACAACUGGGUCAAACCACUCUUUACCCAGUGCUAGUGUUCAAAACCACAUCUGUUGAACAAACACAAACCCAGUGUCUUCAACUCUCACCACUGCCAAAAUCUGUUUGUGGAAGGAAUAUUUAAAAGCCUCAAGAAAAGACUAUUGUUGAAACUUGAAUAUGAAAUCCGGAGGAAGAGGAAUAGAAAUAAACGCAUUGCUUGAAUGUAAUCUGUUUACGGUUUCUAUACAGAUUCUUGCUCCUAAACAUUUCAAUACGAGUGAAUGCUGUCAAAAAUCGACCUUUCUCGUAACAAUGAAUGUAUUUGUUGUUUGACAUGUAUUUAAUUGCUGGCAAGCAGCUUUCUCUCGAGCCUCGUGGCAUGGGUGGGGGUGGCACCUCAUCCCUCCCCUUUACAACACGUUAUAUGAGGAGGAAAAACAGAACAGAGGACAAUAUUUCACACUUGCUCGAUGCUGUUGUGUUUUCUUAUGUAUGCAUCUUGAAAUUUUUAUUCCAACUCAAUGAUUGUAUGAGAAACAUUGUAUAUUUAACAGAUGAAAAAUAAAAU